UAUUUCUAAGGUUGUCUUAGAAAGUAGGUUAUGUUAUGCCUUUCGGUGGUGUUAUAUUAAUUGUAUUGUUUGUGGUUAAUUUUUAGUGAUUUAUUGCUCUGUUUUUGAAUAAUUGAGUGAUAUAGGUUCCUUUUCUCAAUGUAAUGCUGUAAAUAGUGCAUGUUCUGUUGAAAGAUAAAUUUUAUUUCGGUCUUAUUCUAACAUUUAUAGUCAUAACCCUGCACAAAUAGACUUACAUAAUUUUUUUAAAUAGUUAAGUUUGCCUCUCCACUAUGUCAGACUACGAUAGUGAUCAAGGUAGUGAAGCUGGUAGCUAUGCAGGUAGUGAAGCUGGUGGAAGUGGUGCUGGAAGUGUUGCUGGUAGUGGUGCUGGAAGUGUUGCUGGUAGUGGUGCUGAAAGUGAUGCAGGAAGUGGAGGAAGAGCUAGUGAUAAUGAAAGUGACAAUGAGUCAAGAGGAAGAAAUCGGAGCCGUUCCCGGAGUGGAUCUCGAAGUGGUAGUGGAAGCCGAAGCGGUAGUGCUUCAGAAGCUGAAGAGGAUAAUAGAGCUGAAAAAUCUGGAAGUGAGGGAGAAGAAGAACCUGAAGGAGAAGAUUUAAACUCUGAUGUGGAAGAAGAUGAUGAAGACGAAUAUGAUGAAGAAGAAGAUGAAGAUGACGAAGGUCCUAAAAGCAAAAAAAAGAAGAAGAAGCAUGAUAGAUUUGGUGGUUUUAUCAUUGAUGAAGCUGAAGUUGAUGAUGAAGUGGAAGAAGAUGAUGAGUGGGAAGAUGGUGCUCAGGAAAUUGGCAUUGUCGGAAAUGAGAUGGAAGAGUUGGGACCAACAGCUCGAGAAAUUGAAGGAAGAAGAAGAGGAACUACUCUUUGGGAUUCUCAGAAGGAAGAUGAAAUUGAAGAAUAUCUAAGAAAAAAGUAUGCUGACGAGUCUAUUGCUGCCCGACAUUUUGGUGAUGGAGGUGAAGAUAUGUCUGAUGAAAUUACUCAGCAUACUCUGUUACCUAGUGUCAAGGAUCCUAAUAUAUGGAUGGUAAAAUGUCGCAUCGGAGAAGAGAAAUCUACUGCUCUUUUACUCAUGAGGAAAUUUAUUUCAUUUCAAAGUACUGACACUCCUUUGCAAAUAAAAUCAGUUGUAGCUCCAGACAGUGUGAAGGGAUAUGUUUAUAUUGAAGCCUUUAAACAGGCCCAUGUUCUUCAGGCUAUCCAAAAUGUUGGAACACUUCGAGUAGGAUGGUGGAAACAGCAGUUGGUGCCUAUAAAAGAAAUGACAGAUGUGCUAAGAGUGGUGAAAGUACAAACUGGUUUACGUCCCAAACAAUGGGUCCGCUUACGACGAGGCCUUUAUAAGGACGAUAUCGCCCAGGUUGAUUAUGUCGACUUAGCUCAAAAUCAAGUCCAUCUAAAGCUGCUACCACGUAUAGAUUAUACUAGGCCAAGAGGAGCACUUAGAGCAAGCCAGGACAUAGAAGCUCUGAAAAGAAAAAAGAAGAGGAAGCCACCUGCCAAGCCUUUUGAUCAGGGUGCAAUACGAGAGAUUGGUGGAGAGGUAACAUCAGAUGGUGAUUUCCUUAUUUUUGAAGGAAAUAGGUAUAGCAGAAAAGGAUUUCUUUACAAGAACUUCACGAUGAGUGCUAUCAUUGCAGAUGGUGUAAAACCAUCACUUUCUGAACUUGAAAAAUUUGAAGAAACUCCUGAAGUUGUUGAUUUUGAAAUUUCUGCUAAUAAGGAGACUGGUCCAGGUCACACCUUUUCAGCUGGAGACAAUGUAGAAGUUUGCCUUGGUGAAUUGAUGAAUCUUCAGGGAAAAGUUCUUUCCAUCAACGGAAAUCUUAUUACUGUUAUGCCAAAGCAUGAAGAGUUGAAAGAACCUUUGGAAUUUCAAGCUCAGGAAUUGCAAAAAUAUUUCCGGCUUGGAGACCAUGUCAAAGUUUUAUCUGGACGUUAUGAAGGAGAUACCGGACUCAUUGUCCGAGUUGAAGAAAAUAGAGUAGUGUUGUUUUCCGAUUUAACUAUGCACGAGUUGGAGGUAUUGCCUAGAGACUUGCAACUUUGUUCAGAUAUGGCUACUGGAGUUGAUUCUCUUGGGCAGUUCCAGUGGGGAGACCUUGUUCAGUUAGACCCUCAGAAUGUUGGAGUGAUCGUUCGUUUGGAGCGUGAAUAUUUUCAUGUUCUUAGCAUGCAAGGUAAAGUAGUUGUUACUAAACCACAAGCACUUCAUAAGAAAAAAGAGUUCCGAAAUGCAGUAUCGUUGGAUUCUGAGAACAACACAAUUCAGAAAAAAGAUGUUGUAAAGGUUAUUGAUGGGAUACAUUCUGGUCGUAAAGGAGAAGUAAAACAUCUCUACAGGAACUUUGUCUUCCUCUUUUCUCAUGUUUAUUUAGAACAUGGAGGUAUAUUUGUUUGCAAAACCAGGCAUGUUGUUUUAGCUGGAGGAAAUAGACAAACUCCAGCUACAGGUCCUGUCAAUGGAGGAUAUCUAACGUCACCUAGAAUUUCCUCUCCAAUGCAUCCACAGGGUGGUGGUGGAAGAGGAGGGCGUGGUGGUGGUAGAGGUGGAAUGAGGAGAGAUAGGGAUCUUAUUGGUCAAACUAUUAAAAUUACUAGUGGACCUUAUAAAGGAAAUGUUGGUAUUGUCAAAGAUGCUACUGAAUGUACUGCUAGGGUCGAAUUACAUUCAUCCUGUCAAACAAUUUCUGUUGAUACUGGUCAUAUUGCUUCAGCUGGUGACAGGCAUAGGGAUGGAUCUUUUACCACUUACAGCAGGACUCCUAUGCACUCUGGAUCCCAAACUCCACUAUAUGCAGGAUCGAAGACACCUCAGUACGAUUCUUCAGCCGGAGGCAGGACACCGAGCUUUGGUGGUGCAACACCAAGCUUUGGCGGUGCAACACCAUUACAUUCUAGUGAUGAAAGGGGAUCUAGUGCUUGGGAACCAUCUGCGACUCCUGGUAGAACAGAAGAAUUUGAAGAUUAUAGUAAAUCUGGACCCUAUACACCAGCUAAUAUGUAUGGAUCUGAUAGAUCCUCUUACUCACCAUUCCCUUCAACGCCUUCACCGACUGGUUAUAACAGUGGAAGUUCCGGUUAUGCUGCUUCAGCAUCCCCUGGUAGUGGUAUAGGACCUUUUGGAACACCUUCUCCUACAUCAUACAGUCCACGCACUCCAGGAAGCAGUGCUUCUCCAUAUCAAUCUAGUUCAGAUUCAUCUGACGGUGAUUGGGUAACAACUGGUAUUGAAGUGCGCAUAAAAGAGUCUCAUGAUGAUGAUGGCUUAUCUGGACAGACUGGAACUGUAAAAACAGUUUCUGGAGGAAUGUGUACACUUUUCUUGUUAGCGGAAGAUAGGACUGUUACUAUUACAAGUGACAGAUUGGCACCAGUUAAACCACAACAAAACGAUACAGUAAAGGUGAUCAAAGGAAAGAAAGACAAGGAUCAGACUGGCAGGCUGGUAUCAAUUGACCACGUUGAGGGUGUUGUUAGUUUCAGUAAUGGAGAAUUGGAUAUGUUUCCAAUGGAUUUCCUUUGUAAAAUGUCUGCUGGAAGCCAAUAG